AUGGAAAAAAUCAUUCAGGACCAUCUUCAUAUGCGUAAGGUAUCCGCUCACUGGGUUCCCCGGCUGCUCACACCUUUCCAAAAGCAGGAACGAAUCGAAUGCUCCCUGGAUCUUUUGACCAUGUGCCACGGAAACCAGGAGGACUUUUUCAACAGACUGAUUGCACAGGAUGAAAGCUGGGUCCAUCACUAUGAUCCGGAGACUAAAGUCCAGUCGAUGCAAUGGAAGCACUUGGACACACCGCCUCCAAAGAAGGCAUGCGCCCAGCCCUCGGCGGGCAAGGUCAUGCUCACAGUCUUUCUUUUGGGACCAGCACGGAGUAGUCUUGAUGGAUUUCCUAGCUUCGGUGCCACGAUUACUGAGGCAUACUAUACUUCACUGCUGAGAAAAUUGCGGGAGGCCAUCAAAAGCAAGAGAUGUGGCAUGCUCACCAAAGGUGCCCGCCUUCUGCAAUACAAUGCCCCAGUUCACAACUCACAUGUUGCCCAGAUGGAAGCACGCUGCUGCGGCUUUGAAAUUUUACCGCAUCCCCCUUAUUCACCCGACCUCGCACCAUCGGACUUCCACCUCUUUCCAACAAUGAAGUCAUAUUUGAAGGGCAAGCAUUUUCCAGGUGAUGAGACUCUGAUUUCUGAAGUCACAACAUGGCUUUUGGGGCAACCUGUUGACUUCUACAAGCGAGGUAUUUACAGUUGCAUAAAAAGAUGGGAGAAGUGUGUGUCCCUGGGUGGCACCUAUGUAGAGAAGGACUAA